UUUAAGGGAUGUGUUACAUGAUGACUAUCAUGGAAUUCCUAGAACACAUCAUUUCUUUUCUAUCUCGGUUUUGCUACUUACUUCCAAUGUUCCCUUUUUUUGUUGGUAAUAUAUUUCUUUUUGAUAAUUAAUUAUCUCUAAAUGUUAAUAAUACAGGCAUUGAUUUGGAAAUUCCAGAUACUGAUGUCACUCCAUCUCCCCUCACUGGUUAUGCAUCAUCUUCUCAUGGUUCCAAAGAAAACGCGUUCGAGUUGCUGGUCAGUCAAGAUUGGAACUUGGGAGUUAUGCCAGUGCAUAUCAGGUUAAAUUGGUCCCAUCUGCAGUUAUUCUUGAGAGACUGCACAACAAAAUUCAGUUUUGUUUUCACCAGGGAUGAAAUUAUUACCAACUGGGAGGAAAAAUGUCUUCUACCUCACUUUAUAUGGAUCGGUGCUUGGACCUGUUCCUUCCUGUUACAUCACUUUUCAAUGUUGGUCAAUUCAAUUCUUGUCAAUUUUGGGCUGAGUGAAGAGAUGCACAACCCUGUUUCUAUUUUUGUACUACUUGGGAUUGUCAUUGCAGGAGCUGCCCUAGGGUAUUGGAUGGUGCGGAAAUUUGUUAUUGCAGAAGAUGGAAGUGUGGAUGUUGGCAUAGCUCAAUUCGUGAAAUGGGCCAUGCGCGUCAUUGCAGCCACAUUUAUCUUCCAGAGUACUCUUGAUACUCCUUUGGCAAUGGGGGCAUUGGCUUCUUGUUUGUCAAUCUGCUUUCUUAUCACUUCCUUCAAGUGGAAUGGUCUAGACAGGUCAGGGAUGGUGGGUUCACGGGGAACACUGUGGAACAGCUCAAGGAGAUCUUCUGGUUGGUCUGACUCUCCUGUUAAAGGGAAGUUUGUGGUGCUAAUUCUUUCAUGAUUGCCACUUCGCCGACUAUGACGGGGAUUGAGCUGCCCAGUCAGCUCGCGGGGGCCCAAGGGGCAGCGCUCCUUGGCGGGUCGGGGCAGCACCCAGGCAGGGUCGAGGGGUAGUGCCCCCGAAGCAAAAUGCAAAAAUGCAUUCAAAGUUGUUUGGUCGCUUGAGCGAAGGAGUGUGUGCUCGAGUGAAGAAGUCUUGCUUUCAGAAGCUGCGUCUAUUUACCAAAAACCUGAGAAGGAAGAUUGUACGUUUGAGUGACAAAAGCUUGGCUCGAGUGACGCCUCUUGAGGAAAACACGGGUUUUUGUUUCCUCGCUCGAGCGAGAGAGUCUUCGCUCGAGUGAGCUUCGCAGUCCCUGUUUUCUAUAAGCACUUGUUUUAGUCCAAAACUAGGAUUACGUUUUUGAGAUCUUCUUUAAGGUUUUUGGGUUUUUUUACUAGUUUUCCUUGAUGUUUUGAUUGAGUAUUAGACUCAUGUUUUGAUAAGCACACAUCAAGG